AUGACUCUGAAGAAAUGUCUUGACGUCAAGCGCUUCAAUGCGCAGCGGGCGCCCGGUGAGCCGCCGGCGCUGGUGCCGUACAAUGAGUCCAAGGUCACGCGGCUGCUGCAGCCGGCGCUUGAGGGGCGGCGCCCGCACCAGACCCGCAGUGUGCUGGAUUUUGCCCAGGUCGCCAGUGCUUUGGAUCCGCCUGAGGAGAAUGCCGGGGUGGAUGGGUCGAAGCGGGCCGCUGCACGUGACGCCGGCCCUUCGGCCAAGCGCGUGCGUGCCGAUCUGGGCGGCGCCUAUCGCGAUCCGUCCUCGGUACUCCCCAGUACUCCAGCGACGCCCAGCAGGCGGGCAGCCAAGCCUGUGGUUCCCAGUACACCCACGGGCGAGUGGCGGGCUAUGACACAGGGCGCUCAGUUUGGGUUUUCGCGAACCGACCCGCGAACUGGCAGCGCUGGCGAGACGCGGCAGGAGGCGUGUGGGUUUUUCGUGGCACGGAUUUCCGAGCUGCAGAAUGCCUGGCGGCAGCGGCUAUCCGAGGAGGUGCGGCGCGGCGAGGCCAAGGCAGCACAUAAGCUGGAUAUCCUGUCGCGCGCCGAGGAACUGGAGGACGCAUUGAGCGCAGCCAUUGGGCAGACCGACGCCGCGCAGACUGUCUCGCCACGCACAGCCUUGCGUCGGGCUGUCAGCCGCGCACAGAGCAAGCGGGCCAACAAAGUCACGUCGGUGUCGGCCGGCGAGAGUACUGAGAUCGUCCGCCUGCGCUCGCGCAUCGAUGCGUUGGACGCGCAGUGUGCGGCGCAGCGAGCACAGCUGGACCUGGCCAACCAGGCACGGGCAGCCGAGCGCAUGGCACGUGAUGCGCUCCAGCACGCAUUGCAGGACGCGCGCGCCGACCACGCCCGCCAUCCAGCGCACGUGCAGGAGCCACGGGCGCGGCGGCAGUGGGAGACCCAGGAGCUCCUGCCGGUGCAGGAGCGCCUGCGCCAGCUGAUCAGUGCGCGCCAGGCCGUCACCGACGCCAUGCCCGACGAGCUUCUGCAGCACGCGUGUCGGGAGCGCGACGACGCGUUUGCAUGGUGGUCGCGCGAGCAGGAGCGCAACUCGCAGCUGUCGGCCCAGAACGACGCCCAGGUGCGCGGCAGUGAACUUACAGAUGCGCUGCCGGCAUCGACGGGUCUGGAGACGCAGGUGAGGGCGUCGACGCCCAGCGACAGCGAGGACGGGUCAUUCUGCAAGGUGUCGCUGAAGUCCAUCAACUCCAUUGAGGCCAUCAACGGCGGCAAUCCGCUGGGCGCCCACGCCAUGCCUGAGCCCAAGCCCUCGGCGUUGCAGCGCCAUGUGCCGUCGCGCCAUUUCGCCUCCACCGAGUCCUUUGCCCCAAGCGACCAGUCGAUGCUGAGCAGCCGGUUCGAGCAAAAGGCUAAGCGCGUGGUGAGCCGCGUCUUCCAGCACUUGGCGCCCGAGUCGCGCCGCAACCGCAGCCAUUCCAUUCGUCGCCUUGGCAAUUACUCGGCUGAGGUGCUGUCUUUUGAGGGCGGCCUGCGCACCCUGG